AUGAACGGUGGUGAUGGAGAGGUCGCGGCAGCUUCGGCGGGCCCACCACCGCUGCUCGAGUGGAAAUUCUCUCAGGUCUUCGGUGAACGCACCGCCGGUGAAGAAGUUCAGGAAGUUGAUAUUAUUUCUGCAAUUGAGUUUGAUAAAACUGGUGACCACCUCGCUACUGGAGACCGUGGGGGCAGAGUAGUGUUAUUUGAGAGGACUGAUACAAAGGAGCAUGGUGGAAGUCGAAGAGAUUUAGAGAGGAUGGAUUAUCCAGUUGGUAGGCAUCCAGAGUUCCGUUACAAAACGGAGUUUCAGAGCCAUGAGCCUGAGUUUGAUUAUCUCAAGAGCUUGGAGAUUGAGGAGAAAAUCAAUAAGAUUAGAUGGUGCCAAACAGCUAAUGGUGCACUCUUUCUUCUGUCCACUAACGAUAAAACCAUCAAGUUUUGGAAGGUUCAAGAGAAGAAAGUCAAGAAAAUCUCUGACAUGAACGUGGACACUUCCAAGGCUGUUGGAAAUGGCACUCUUGCCAGUUCAAGUGUUACUUCCAGUCCUAAGCAUUAUCUUGCAAAUGGAGGAUAUCCAGAUAAAUCUUACAAUGGUUUGAGCAGUGACAUUUCAAUCCCACCGGGUGGCCUUCGAUCAUUACGUUUACCUGUGGUAGUAACCAGCAAUGAGACCAGUCUUGUGGCAAGAUGUAGAAGAGUAUACGCACAUGCGCAUGACUAUCAUAUCAAUUCUAUUUCAAAUAACAGUGAUGGUGAAACUUUUAUAUCGGCUGAUGAUCUGCGAAUAAACUUGUGGAACUUGGAAAUCAGCAAUCAAAGCUUCAAUAUUGUUGAUGUGAAGCCAGCGAAUAUGGAGGAUCUAACUGAGGUGAUAACAUCAGCUGAGUUUCAUCCUACCCACUGUAAUAUGUUAGCAUAUAGUAGUUCGAAAGGAUCAAUUCGUCUUAUUGAUUUGCGGCAAUCAGCUUUGUGUGAUAGUCAUUGUAAAUUGUUUGAGGAGCAGGAAGCACCUGGUUCAAGAUCAUUUUUCACUGAGAUAAUUGCCUCAAUUUCAGAUAUUAAAUUUGGAAGGGAUGGAAGAUAUAUACUUAGUCGUGACUACAUGACCCUUAAGUUAUGGGACAUAAAUAUGGAUUCUGGUCCUGUUUCAACUUUCCAGGUUCAUGAGUAUUUAAGACCAAAGUUAUGUGAUUUAUAUGAAAACGAUUCUAUCUUCGAUAAAUUUGAGUGUUGCCUGAGUGGUGAGGGUCUGCGAGUAGCAACUGGUUCUUACAGCAAUCUAUUCCGUGUGUUUGGCUGUACUUCGGGUAGCACUGAAGCAACUACUCUGGAAGCAAGCAAAAAUCCCAUGAGGAGGCAAGUCCAGAACCCUUCAAGGCCUUCCAGAUCCCUAAGCAGUAGUAUAACACGCGUUGUCAGAAGAGGAUCCGAAAGCUCAGGGUUUGAUGCAAAUGGAAAUUCAUUUGAUUUCACAACAAAGUUGCUCCACCUAGCAUGGCAUCCAACUGAAAACUCAAUUGCUUGUGCUGCUGCAAAUAGCUUGUACAUGUAUUAUGCAUAAGAUGUCGGUCCAGGAAUUAGUAUAUGGUCACUUGGUUGACAUUUUUGGAUUUCCAAAGGAGAAAGCUUCUUUCCCGGGCAACUUGAAGCUUCGACAUUUCUUGCAUUCAAGCACCUUUGAAGUUGGUAGCACGUGCUUCUAAUGUCAAGGUCCAAACGGUGGCUGUCCUGGAAUCCGCGGCAAUGCAAUUUGCCUUUGUUUAGGGACAGGCAGCUUGCUUUGUUCCACCCUUUCUACUUCUUAAUUACUGCUUCACCCUCUAAUUUCUUUCAGGUUUUUUUAACCUUUUGCAAAGGAAAGAUGCAGUUCUGUUCUUAUUUUGUCGGGGAGGUAAAAAAAAAAAAUUGAUUGUAGCUCUCCAACAACCAAGACCAAAGGAUGUCCAAUAUUGCCACUAGGUCCAAGUUAAAUGUAGUUUUACUCUGCCCGGAAAGAUCUGCUGCUAACUUGCAAGACAUCAAAGCUUAUUUAUUUUUUCUUGUAAACGACCAAAUUGUCUUUAGGGUGAUUUUAGUCUGGUGUUGUCUUAGAUUAUUAGUGAAUAUUUUUUUUUUUUGUAAAAGAAAAUCAAGGGCUAUGGUUUAUUAUAUUGUGCUGUACUUUUGCAUGCACAUUUAUGAAAUGAAGCUUUCGUUGAAGUUACACUAUUG